UUUUCGUCUAUAGGAAAGUGUGAGGCUUCAUUAAAGGCCUAGUCACGGUCCGCGGCUUCGGGAACCUGCAAUGUUAAAUGAUAACAGAAUUACCUGAAAAAACUCAGCAGGUCUGGCAGCAUCGGCGGAGAAGAAAAGAGUUGACGUUUCGAGUCCUCAUGACCCUUCGACAGAACUGUUAAAUGAUGGUUAGAAAGAAAUAAACGCAAUAGUUUGUUUGCCAUCGGAACGCAGGAAUAAAGUAUUUGAUAUGAGAAUCAGUCUACUCGCUUAUGGAGGAGACAGUCAAAUCAAGUAUAUUCAGACCACUGUUAUAAAUGUGGAAAAACACUUUGGUGAGUUGUGCAGCUUAUUUGCCGCCUAUGCACGGAAAACUGCAAGACUACGUGAUAAGGCUGACCUCCUGGUUAAAGAAUUCCGAGAGUACUCCAAUACAGAAACUCCUAAUUUAAAAUAUGGUCUGAGUGGCUUUGCAGAUCACCUUGCUUUAAUUCAAGAUUAUCGACAUGCACAGGUUGAAAGGCUAGAAGCUAAAGUUGUUGAACCUAUGAAGAAGUAUGGUUCAAUUGCCAAGCUGAAAAAGGAAGACCUCAAGGUUGCUUCUGGUGCUAUAAGACGUGAAUCAAGGCAAAUUGCCCAUGUGGAGAGAAUGCGUCAGAGGAAUCCUUCUGACCGACAAAUUGUUACACAGGCCGAAUCUGAAUUACAGAGGGUCACAAUGGAUGCCACUCGAAUUUCGCGACAGCUGGAAGAAACCAUUGAUGACUUUCAAGAAGAAAAAAUUAAGGAUAUUAAGAAGAUUUUUGGAGACUUCAUCACAAUUGAAAUGGCAUUCCACGCAAAAGCUUUAGAAGUAUACAGCAAUGCAUAUCAGCAUAUACAGAAUAUUGAUGAAGAGGCAGAUAUGGAGAUUUUCAGAAACACACUUCAUUUGCAAGACAGCCAGCCUCGCCUAAGCAUAGUGUCUGCUAAUUCUGUAAACACCAUGAAUGGAGUAGACUCAGCUCUACGUAUGUCAGGAUCUUCUAAGCACCACGCUCCAUUAUGUAAAAAAGAUAUUCAAGAGGAUGAUGAUGAUGAUGAAGAAGAGGAGGAAGAGGAGGAGGAAGAGGAUGAUGACUGAGAAUGACAACAAUGCUGCACAUUUUUUUGAUAAUCGGAUCGUUAUUUCUGUGUAUGGUAUAUUUGUUUUAUAAUCUUCAUUUAUGUAAACCUGUCCAGCCUUACAAGAAAUUUGAGUUGUUUUGCACAUUUGACACUGCCAAACACUAUUUUUAUUUUCUGUUAUAUGUAAACAGUUAAGUUGUUUUAACAGAAGGAUUUAGGAGGACCUGUUACUACAUACACAACACUUAAGUGAAAGUUCAUCUGACUGCAAUGUAAUUAAUAUUCAUAAUGCACAAUGUGCAAUUGUUUACAUUCUAAAGCUGAUAUGCAUCUUGUAUAGCAAAGGUACUAGGAACUGCCAGUUAGCUGUACAAAAUUUGAUUGUACAUGUAAUACACAAAAGCUUGUUUUCUAUGCCUGCAUCGAUGACGAAAGUGAGCAUAUAGUUGCCUUUUUAUUAAAUCAGUGGGUGGAAAAUUAUGGCUACCAUUAUUUUAAAUUUGUUUUCAGGAUGUAGGCAUCACUUGAUAAGCCUAGCAUUUAUUACCCAUCUGUAGUUAUUCUGAAAAGGUGGUAUUCUUUGUAAUAAUUCAAUAAAACUGGAUGGCUUGUUUCAGAGAGCAGUUAAAAAUGAACUAGAUUGGUACAUGUUGGUUUAAAGACCAAACUGGGUAAAAAUGAUGGGUUUCCUUCCCAUUUGUGUUUUUAUUUUACAACAAUUUUAGCUUCAUUGCCACUUUUAUACAUAAAACCAAUCAGCUUUUUAUUCCCCAUUUUUCAAAACAAUUCAAAUUUGCAAACUGCUAUGAACUCAUGUUCUCUGAAUUAUUUGUCCAGGCCUCUGGAUUGCUAUUUCAGUAAAAUAACUACUAUGCCACCAUACCUCCUGUUUGGAUAACGUGUAAAAAUCUGUGACCUACAAAGUAAUUGAAGCUUCAAAGAAUUCUAUUUUAACUUUUAUUUUGUACUUUCCUAACAUAAUUGGAAGUCAUUAAUAGAGCUGUGUAAGUUUUCCAUUAAGAUUACUGCCUAAUGCUUCAGCUGACUAGGGAAAUAGCCGAUUUUUAUCACUAUUUCCCCUCCCUUGGUGGUAUAUUGUAAACAACUGGGGUUUCAUGGGGGUGAAAUUCAUAUUGUGUUGUAGUGCUAGAGAAUCAGCAGCAGUUUAAACACCACAGAAUUUCUUUUUCAUUAAAGUGAAGGGCAAAGAAAAAUUGGACAAGGCAGGGCUUAAAAGUGGAAAAUGCCUCUCGGGACAGGUAUGUUAGUUAAGCUCUCUUCCAUGCUGGAAAACCUUUGUUCAUGGCUUUAAAAAUACCCCUAUUCCCAAGGAAAAUAACUGCCACAAUGCCUGUACUAUCUGCAGAGUGCCAUCACCAGUUUGUGGUGAACUAUUUUGAAUGGUAAAGCAACAUAAUUCAAGUCAGGCAGCAGUCAUAUACUAUAUUAAACUCCAACUGCUUUACAAUUGGAUAUUUGUAGUUUCUGUUAUAUGGUUAAAUUUACCUGGUGUUAAACAGGAGAACAAAAUUUGUGCUUCCUUCAUUUUUUCAGGUGACUUUAUUUAUGCCUUUAACAUAGCAGAAUAAUAACAAACAACUCAAACUGUU